AUGGCUCCCACCGUCCCCGCCGCGACCAGCAAUUCCCCGGCGAAGAAGACCUCCGCUCCGGAGAAGAAGUACAAGUGCCAGUUCUGUAAUCGUGCUUUCAGCCGAAGUGAACAUCGAAGCCGACAUGAGCGAUCCCAUACCAAAGAGAGGCCCUUCAAGUGCCUCAAAUGUCGUAGCACAUUUGUGCGCCGAGAUCUCCUCCUUCGCCAUGACCGCACCGUCCACGCGAAGGAUGGUGGCGUCCCCCUUGUGAGCGAGGGACGCCGACGUGGUGGUAACUCCGGCGUCCAGAAAACUUCUCCCGUUCCAGGGCCGUCAAAGCCAUCAAUUACCAUCGACCCAGCCACCUUGGAACAGAUCGAGGCAAGCAGCGAUGGUAUGGUCGACCUUGAAACUGCAGCCAUGUUGAUGACAGAUUUCCAACACAAGGCCGCGGCAGCUGCUACGGGUAAUAAUGUCCAUGAGCGUUCUGGUUCUGAUACGUCUUACUCGCCUGGUCGUGGGCCCCUCUUGGAGCCUCCUGUUGCAUACCUGUCUGGAAACGCGACGCUUCCGCAGAUGCCAUGGGACACGCUCGUGUCUCCCACAGAUUCCAAGCACCACUCCAUGAACACAAGCUUCACCUCCCAGGACGGUGGUUCACAUACGCAUCAGCUGCCUUCGAUCAUGGACCGGCAUGUCUCUAGAGAUGGUCUGGCACCGUCCGUGCACUCUCUGGUGGACUCGCUGCCAGUUUCGGGCAAUUCCACUCCCAAUGCGCUGUCACCGUACCCGUCAAUGACUGGUCCUGUCAGCCCUGUCAACUACCGCCGGUCCCCAGGGCCGAGCCAAGCACUGACAUCUCCAAAGGCUCCCCAAAUCGCAAACGAUAUGGAGCGGCAAAUCAUUGUGGAUCGGGUGAAGGCCGCAGACAGUCUGUCAACGUUACCCGAGGGCUUCCAGUUGCCUAAUACGGCUGCGUUGAAUAAGUACUUGUCUACGUAUUUCAACCUCUACCACCACCAUUUGCCUUUCCUGCACCAGGGUUCGUUCAAGCCCACGACUGCGUCCCCGCCUUUGUUGCUUGCCGUGCUUUCCAUCGGGGCUCUUUACACCUUCGAGCGUGAGCACGCCUUCAUGCUUCACGUUGGGUCCAAGGUGCUUGUGAACCAGUUCUUGCAGCAGAAAGACAACUUUGACUCGAGGAAAUGUCCUUUGUGGGCCAUGCAGAGCACGCUUUUGAACAUGAUCUUCGAGAGUUGGAGUGGUGACCCCAAGGGAUUGGAGUGGACCUGUUCGAUUAAGAGUCUGCUUGCCAACAUGGUCGCUGGCAAUCGAUACCAACUGAAGCUCCGAACGGAAGCACGCGAGGGCAGACAACCAACCCGUGAGGAAUGGAUCGAGGACGAGACGUGUCGUCGGACCUACUAUGCCGUCUACAUCUUCUUCGGCAUGCUCACGUUAACGUUCAAUCACACGCCUGGGAUGAGCUUGGAUGAACUUGACAGCUUGGAGCUCCCGUCAUCCGAAUCGUUGUGGAACCUCGAAGCUACGGAUGAGGAAACCUGGCGUCGCAGCCUGGCCUCCUCCACUGUCAUCACCGUUCGGGAAGCCCACGACCGCCUCUUCCAGGGUGAGCAGACGCGAUACAGCGCCUUCGCUACGCGGGUCAUGAUCAACGCACUGUUCCUUCAAGUGUGGAGCCACAAGCGUAGUUUCGAAGCCCUCCAGGAUGUUGUGACGGAAUACAAGCUUCGUCUUGCUCUGGAGACGUGGGAGAACUCGCUUGACGUGUGUGAGCCGGAGACGAUCGUGGUUCCUCUGAGUACUCCUCAAAAGGGCCACCCUCUCAUCUUCAAUUCCAUGGCCAUCUAUCGCAACACCCGUGCUCGGCUCGAAGUCGACCUCAAGUCUGUCCAGGAGGCGCUCCGUUAUCACUCGUCCUAUGAGGUUGCCGCGGCUAUGACGGUCGCUCGUGACAAGGUGAAACGGUCUACGGAGAUGAACAAGGUCAUCCAACAGUGCUUCGAAUGCAUUGAAAUUGCUGCUGUCCAGGGCAUCAACUGGGUUGCGAAGACCUCCGCCACGAACUGGAGUGUGGAGCAUCCGCUCUGUGGCUUGGAUUUGAUGGUCAUUCUCAGUCUCUGGCUCUAUCGCCUGGAACAUGACGAGGAGCCGGCUACUGAGGCUGAGAUUGCCCUCUACAGCAAGGUGCGGAGUCUCUUUGAUGACGACGCGAUCGACGCCUAUGGAAAACUCAGUUCCACCGUGGCCCGUGUCUGGGGUAACAUCCUUGACGGCGUGGUGGUAUGGGGCAUUACCAAGCUCAUGGGUGAAUCUUUCAAGCUCCAUGCUCAAGCUUUGGUCGGUUAUGAGGACUCGCUUCAUGUUGCCAAGGAUCAGCCCCUGCAGCCAAUGCCGACGAAGAGUCUGGCAAGUGUCGGCACAGCUUAUUAG